CGUGAGGCUUUAUAUCCAAGCCUAAACGGAGCCAAGAAUCACAUUGUAAUACGAGGCGGCAGCCUGAGGGGCGCCCCAAAGCGACCUUGCCGACUUUCUGGACCUCAAGAUCUACAUGAAAACGAGCGACCGUAAAUACUACGCGAUGUCUGGUGGGCUGCAGUCUAGGCGGCUUCUCUUUCAUAUGGUACCUUCAAAUAUUCUAUCCCGAUGUUGGAAUGGGAGGUAUCGUGGCUAUAUAGAACACCGUGUAAGUUGUAUCACGCCGAAUAAACCAACCUAGUGGCCAACGGGGUUACUACGUCCGUUAUGCUAGAGACCGUACUGCUGCGGCUCGGCAAAGAAAGUCUGCCUUGGGCUACUGCCGCUAGAACCUCUGUCGGCAUGAGUAUGAUAUCAAUGCUCACGAUGGAGCUCGCAGGAAAUCUUGUUGACUAUCACCUCACGGACGGAGCUGUCCGGCUCGACUCUCAUAUCUUUUGGGCCGCUGCUUUGGCUUGGCUCCUGGCUGGAUUUCUCGCUCCAUUGCCUUACAACUAUAUCGUAGGACUUGAAUGUAUUUAUCACCAGGCAGAUACCUCACCUUUCGUCGGCGCUUCCAACCACCCAUUGAAUCCUGGUUUCUCCUGUCUACCAGCCAAUAUCCGCCGUCGGUAUCGACCUCCUCCAGCCGACGCGCUAAUUCGCAAGAUGAUCAAGUGGAAAUUCGCCACCAACGCGUCAAGCGUUCGCGAAACCUCAAUGCUACACACGUCGUCGCUUCUCCGAUGGAAAAGGCAGCUGCCGCAAGGCGAUUUCGUUCGCUAUCAUAUUCUGCCAACGCUCCAGCUCACGGGUUGA